GCAAAUCUGUCAAAUCCGUCAGAAUAUGAAAUCAAUUCAAAAAAUAUUUUAAGCGGUAUUACAACAAAAUAAAAUUCAAUUCGAAAUUAUUCUAUUACUGUGAUACAUCCAAGAUGUUGAAUUCGUUUAUUCGCGGAAUUUUUAACAUUGAGGAAUCGCCGAAUAAAGUCUUAGAAGUAAGAUCAGACAAUUAUAUAUCUCGGCCGAUACAAUACAGAGCUGAUUCAAUGUUGCUUUAUGGACCAUCUCCACCUUCGGAACGUAAUAAUCCUCGCGAUAAAUAUUAUGAAAUUAUCUUACACAAACCAUUUACAGUGAGCUUGCAUCAUAUGUAUAGUUUGAUGCGUUCUGAGGAUCUUCAGACUGCUGAAGAACUAUUUAUUGUAUAUAAAGAAAAAAUUCCACACUAUAUCAAAGUAACUAAAGAUUGUUCAGUAGCGAGUUUGCAGAGAAUCUGUGAUACUUUAACUGAGAACAAGUCAUGGUCACUAGCCCACAUGGUGGCUCAUUUUGGGCAGCAUGAACUAUUCAAUGAUCCAGACAUACAGAGACAAAUAAAUGAAGUGGAUACAUUUACGGGAAUCACACCGCUAAUGUUAUCAAUAAAAAAUGCGAAUCCUCGUAUGGUACAGAGUUUAGUGUCAUUAAACUCUGCUCUGGACACACUUGAUCAUGAAGGGAACACUGUAUUGCAUUUUGCAGCUGCUAGCAACAAAGAUAUUGUUAACAUCCUAAUAGGCAAAACUGCAAAUUUGCUGAACAAAUAUAACAAACAAGGCUACACUCCGCUUCACAUGGCAUGCAUUGCAAAUGCACCGGACUGUGUGCGAGCUCUGAUAAUGGCUGGGGCUGAUGUUAACUUACCUGCAACUCCAGGGGGCACUUACACCACAAGUACAAUACCAGGUAUAGUUGGUGAUGUUCUCCAAGAUAGUCAAUCUAAAUUAUUCCAACAAGACAUGAAACGCGGAGGCACUCCGUUGCAUUGGGCUAUUUCUAGAGAAGUCUUAGAAGCGUUAGCAGAUAAAAACUGUGAUAUUCACGCUAAGAAUUUUGAUGGAAGAACUGCACUACACAUGAUGGUUAUGCGAGGCAGAUUGGAGUGUGCCAUAGCUCUAUUGUCGAGAGGAGCGGAACAUUCGAUCGGAGAUAAUGAAGGGAACACGCCACUGCACUUGGCGGUCAAACAAAAGAACAUAACGUUAGUUCAAGCUCUGAUCGUUUUCGGUGCUGAUCUAGAAGCGAAAAACAAAGCGGGGUAUACCGCGAGGCACGUCGUACCGACGGAAAUGACUAAUGGCAAUUUUGACAAGAUUUUAUAUGUUCUGCACGCGGUCGGGGCUCAAAGAUGCUCGGCGGCCACGAGCGGGUGCGGCGCGGGCUGCGCGUCGCGCGGCGAGUACAACGGCGUGCCGCCGCCCGCCGUCGCCGGCGCGGCGCCGCGCGCGCACGUGCGCGACAUGCUCGCCGCCGCCGCCAUGGACCGCGCCGCCUGCGACCGCGCCGCGCGCACCGACAAGUGCGGCCGAUUACUCUGCUUAGACGGAGGCGGUAUAAAGGGACUGGUUUUGGUGCAAAUAUUGUUAAAUCUCGAGGCAGUUGUCGGGAAACCAAUCAUCGAAUGCUUUGACUGGGUGGCCGGUACUAGCACUGGAGGAAUACUGGCAUUAGCCUUGGCCUGUGGAAAAAGUCUCAGAGAUUGCCAGAAGUUAUAUUUCAGGAUGAAAGAACAUGCUUUUGUCGGUACCAGGCCAUAUCCAACAGAACCUUUGGAGACCAUACUUAAAGAUUGUUUAGGAACUGAAAGAGUAAUGGCAGAUAUCGAGCAUCCAAAGCUGAUGAUACUGGCCGUACUAGCGGAUAGAAAGCCAUUAGAUCUACAUAUGUUUAGAAAUUAUCAAUCUGCACAAGAGAUUCUUACCGAAUAUAAUGGCACGUAUAGCCCCCAGAUGGAGGGCGGCGACCAGUCGUGGGUGCUGUCCCCCCCACUGCCGCCUGCUGAGCAGCUCGUGUGGCAGGCCGCGCGUGCCACCGGCGCCGCACCCUCUUACUUUCGCUCCUCGGGCAGAUUUCUAGAUGGCGGACUUAUCGGUAACAAUCCGACUUUGGACGCGUUGACUGAACUAACUGAAUUGAGUUACGCUUUGGAGGCUACCGGUCAACAUGAUAAAGCUAAAGUGGCGCGGCCAAAGGUCAUCGUUUCAUGUGGAACAGGUCUGGUGCCGCUGACAGAGUUAAAAGAUAUAGAUAUUUUCAAGCCUGAGGGUCUAUUUGAAACGGCAGCGUUAGCCUGGAAACUACCGAAAAUAGGAAGCCUCUUAGUCGAUCAGGCGACGCAGUCGGACGGGCGCGUGGUGGAGCGCGCGCGCGCGUGGAGCGCGGCGCUGGGCGCGCCGUACUACCGCUUCGCGCCGCAGCUCUCCGAGGACGUGGCGCUCAACGAGCGCGCCGACGAGCGCCUCGUGCCCGCGCUGUGGGAGGCGCACGCCUACAUGCGCGCGCACCGCGACCGCCUGGCCGAGCUCGCCGCCGUGCUGCUCCAGUGAACAUUCAUAUAUAAUAUAUGCUACACGCACACCGCUUGGCUGUCAAGGUUCCCGUACGUUGAUAGGUGUAAUCGAGCUGCAAGCAUUAUUUUUUAAUACAACUUAUGGCUUUUUCCUUUAGUUUAUAGAGAUAAUGUGCAUUGAGGCAGAUGUUACAGGUUAGUCUAGUUAGAACAAAGAAACUCCCUAUAGUUUAUAAUUAGCAAAUGUGAGUAAUAUUUAAAUAGAAAAUAUAUUCAUUAUCAUAUAUAAUAACUAUAAGACAUAUAUUUAUAUAUAUAAUGUAUUUUGAAUACAUUGACAUUACAUAGUAAUUUGAUAUUUAUUUUCUAUUUUUAGUGUUGAAAGUUGUGUAUUGUAUACAGAUGUUCUAGAAUUAGAUUUAAUCGUGACUAGUCAACGUUUAAAACAUUAUUUAUGACUUGGUAUAUAGGGAAAAUGAACUUUGAGCUUUCAAUAUUAUGUAUUGAAUGUAAUAUAUAAAUCUUAUAGCGAAAUAUAAGGUAGAUAUUGUAGUAACUGUUUUUUCGUCUUGUAUUGUAACUGUGAUAUUUCGAAAAUCUCUAAAAUGAAAUAAAUAACCGUUAACAUCGUAAAA